CACUAGCUGAGGGGUGGAGCAGCAGGUUCAGGUGACAGGGGCAGGGGAGGCUGGGAGAAAGAGCUGAUGCCUGCCACGCUGAUUACCUUUCUCCUUAUUUUAGUAGCUGCUGCGGCCUGAAGAGGAACUAACUGAGAGUGAGAGAGCUGAGCCAGUGAGAGUUAGAAAGUGUGAAACGUGUGGCUUCAAGUUGUGAACUGAAUAAAAACUAUUAGUGAAACGUGACGCAGAACUGUCUCCUUGUGUGUGUCGUAACAGAGAUCAGUAACAGAGUGAUACAGUGGUGCCCAGCUUGCCGUUACGACAUGUCAAACCCACAGAAUCUACAGCAAGGUCACGCGCUGGCUCAAAUGUUGGCCAACAUGGCGGACUUGCAGCAGCAGCAGAUGCGGAUGCUACAAAACCUUUUGACUCAGUCUGGGGCCGCUGCGACUCCGCUCCACCUGGAUGAGCUGGAACUCUCUCCAGAAGACCAUCGUCACCGCUUCCGUGGUUGCCGCAUGGGACCACAAGACCAGCCUUCGGCUUUUGCCCAGCAGCUCCGGUACGAUGCGGGGAGGUGGCUGCAUCCUGGCCCGACACAAGGGGAGGCGCGGCUGCUGGAGGCUGUCGUUCUGGAGCAGUUUGUGGAGGGGCUGCCAGGGGAAAUGGCGGACUGGGUCAAGUGUCACAAGCCGCCCAAUCUGGAGGCGGCAGUGAGGCUGGCCGAAGAUCACCUGGCGGCGCGUACGGAAAACCCCGGAAGAUCGCUGCCAGGGGAGGUCCUGGCAGUGACAGACGCUGUACCUGGCUCACUGGGGGCUGCACAGACACAGGGACGAUGCGGGGAGGUGGUGUGUGAGCAGUGUGGGAACAUGGGACAUUUUCAACGGGAAUGCCCGCUCAUGGAGCUGCAGGUGUACCGUGUUGGCGGGAUGUCAACACCCUACCCUGGUCGAGGAGGGAUGUACAGCGUUCUGGAUUUGCCAUCCAUAAGUGAAAAAGGAAAAAGAAAAUCAGAUCUUUCGCAGAGUGAGUUUGGCGAAUGGCAACCAUCUCCUAAACGACAAGACAACUGUGCAGCAGGAUCCCAGUCAGAAACAGAAAUACUGUCUGAUGUCAAAGACAUAAUGAGACGUGUCAGUGAAAGAAUACAUGGCCGUGACAAGCUCAGCACGUUCCUAAAGGAUAAAAUCAAAGAUUUGGAGACAGAAAAGAGGCACCUGGUUGGUGUCUUUGGUAAAACUGGGGCUGGAAAGAGCUCUUUAAUCAAUGCCAUCAUAAAAAAGCGGCGCCUGUUGCCUUCUGGAAGUGUCAGUGCAUGUACCUCAGUGAUAAUAAAGGUGGAGGCUACCAGUGGAUCAAAGUAUGAGGCACACAUCGAGUUCAUUACAAAAGAGGAUUGGGAAAAUGAGGUGCAGUCCCUAAAACUGGCUCUUGAAGAUGAUGAUGAUGAUCAUGGUGGUAAUGAUGAUUUUCUUGACCCUGAUGGAAAGUUAUCAGCGCUGUAUGGAGAAGAGUGGAAAGAAAAAUCCACUCGCAGCCUCAUGGACAACAAAUAUUUCAAAGAUAUUCCAGAGUUUCGAAUGUCCAAGAUAAAAAUUUUGGAAAGUGACUCAGCUGAAGGGUUGUCGGAAGAAUUUGUGAGAUAUACAAGAAGUGAGUCAAAUGAGAGCGAAGAAGUAAAGAGGUGGUACUGGCCGCUUGUGAAGUGUGUGACUGUCAAAGUGCCAGACAAUGAUUUUCUUGAUCAUGUCACACUCGUGGACCUUCCUGGAAAUGGUGACACUAACAGAAGCAGAGAUCAAAUGUGGACAGAGUUUAUUGCCAGUUGUUCUACAGUGUGGAUUGUGACUGAAAUGAAUCGAGCAGCAUCAGAAAAAGAAGCCUGGGAGAUCCUGGAAGGUGCCAGCGGCCUGCUGGGAAAUGGUGGCGAGUGUCAGCAAAUUCAUUUUAUCUGCACCAAGUCAGAUAAUGAAAAACCAGAUGAUCUAAACAAAGUCAAGAAUGCAGUGACGAAGGAAUUCAAAAAGCAGAAAAUGCUUACGGAUCACUUCAGUGAGGAUUGUUUCAAAGUCUUCACAGUGAGCUCCAAAGAGUUCCUCAAAGGAGAGAAUGUAAAUCCAGAUCUCAAUGAAAUACUGAAACUUAAGGAAAUUUUGAAAAAUCUCAAUGACGCUCAUUCAGAGACAUUAAACUAUGUGUCUGGAGCUUAUGGGAUUCUGUCUUUGAUUCAAGGGGCCAAAAGCAGAGAAGUGGUUGAACAAAAAAACGAUGUGUGUGCAGUCCUUGAGGGACACUUAAGCAACCAACUUAAUCGAGUCAAAAAAGCAAUUGAAGACAUUAUAAAAGCUUUUGAACAACACCUACGGGAGGGAGUAGAAAAAUCCCAAAAUUUAUGUGAAAGAAAACUGAAGUUCUUCUUAUACCCCAGUAAAACGAGUGGCGCCGCUUUUCACAAGACGCUAAAGUCUGUAGUUAGGAAUGUUGGCAUCCAGAAACCAAAAAAAGGGAAACGAAAAGACCUCAACAUGAUAUUAGCGUCUUAUUUGACUGAAAGUAUUGAUGAAAAAUUCAGAAAGACCUUCCCAAACGACAUAAAAUGUGGAAAUUUCAAUGGGGCCAUUGAUGCAUUUUCACUCAACACUGAUUCAUUGAUUGAAAAGUACAAAAAUGUCAAAUUGCAACUAACAUUUCUCCAGACAGAGGAAAAAAAAAUGAAGGCAAAGCUCAACAAAAUCAUCCUCACACAAAAGAAAUGGAUCUACAACAGUCUGACGGAGACAAUCAGGAGUAACAUGAAAGGAUGCUAUAAAGGUACGAAAGAGGUGAAUUACCUUAUUUUUCGUACUAUAAGGCACACUUAAAAUCCUUUAAUUUUCUCAAAAAUCAAAAGUGGGCCUUAUAAUCCGGUGCACCUUAUGUAUGAAUUCUGGUUAU